AUGACAGUGGGGGGCUCUCUUAAUGCAUUGAAAGUCGUGGAGGACGUGAAGAGCUUACGUUUUGUUUCUUGCCUCCCGAAGAUAGCGAUGGAAUUUUAUCGGCUAGACUUAAUUAGCUCUGGCAAAAAAGGGAGCAGGACACAAUCGGGUAGCCCUUCAACACCUGCAUCCUCAAGUACGGAAGAUGCCGGGCCCUCGACCACUGUAGCCGAUCACUCAACCAGUGAGGACGACCAGGCCACCAGUGUUGAACCACCACUGCAAGAGGGAGAUUCUAUGCAUGCUGUGAAUGCGUUCACACAGACAGAACGAGUUGACGAAGUUGGACCCUGCAACCUCUUCUUGUCCGUGACAUCAGAUAGGGAUGCUUCCACUCAGGUCACCCACGCUAUCAUGACAAGCGUCGCCAUCGAAGCAGCUACAGAAUGCGCAUCAACAGCUGUGGGGCCUGACCGACGGAGCUGCAUCUUUGCUGGUUAUGACUCUUUAGUAGGAAAGUCUGGUGCUCUUGAGGAGCUCUGCUCAGUGAGCACGAGUGUCUUUGCUUUGUUGCUCCAUUUACUCAGUUCUAUUGUUGUGAGAGAGAAUGACAUCUCCAUUGAAAACAAACUGCUCAUAUUUCUUUUAAAACUGAAGCUCGGGAUUUCAUUUACGAGCCUUGGGGUGCUGUUCGGUGUGCACAGGACAACAGCAAGCCGCAUCUUUUUUUUUGUUUUAAAGAACCUGGCCAGUGCCACAAGCUCCUGGAUCCCAAAUCCGUCCUCUUCCUUGGUGCAGGCAACUAUGCCGGAGUGCUUCAAAGCACACUACCCAAAGUGCCGCUACAUAAUUGACUGCACCGAGGUGAGGACGGAGACUCCAGCGACUUUAGAACAGCAGCGGGCACUGUUCUCAAAUUACAAGGGCUGUCACACACUGAAGUUUCUCAUAGCCAUUCUUCCCAACGGAACCGUUUCAUUUGUCUCACAGGCGUAUGGGGGCCGGAGCUCGGACACCUACAUAACUAUUGACUCGGGGUUCUUAGAGCGUAUAGAACCAGGAGAUGUAGUACUUGCAGAUAAAGGGUUCCCGGGGAUGAAAGCACCAGUUGAGAGCAAGCAUGAAGUCAUGGUGUUUCCCCCCUUCUCAAAAGGCCAGUUGCAGUUUACGUCUGCUGAAAUGGAGAUGACAUACCAAGUUGCCAAGGUGCAAAUUCACAUUGAGAGAGCUAUUCAGAGGAUAAAGAUUUUCAAUGUUCUGAACAACAGAGUCCCCACUGAACUUACUUCUAGCAUGACCGACAUUGUGCGCAUCUGCUGUGUACUGGUGAAUCUUCAGCCACCAAUCCUUACGAAAUAAUUCAACAGAACAGAACCUCAUUACAUUCUUAGGCAACCGGCACCUAGGAUUUGUGACUUCAGGGUGAAAAAGGGUACUCAGUUAUUUUUCUUUGUGAUGGUUUUGAACAUGUAUGUGGCUUCUAUCGCAUAUCUUUGUGCUAAUGGUGUAAUGUCGAAGUCUGCCAGGAAUUUCUUUUUCAGUGCAGUCCUCUUUAAAUGCUAAAGUGGAGAUGGUGGUGCAUGUUGGGCUGUAGGGCUACUUCUGUGACUUGUUUCUUUUGCUUACAUUUAUGUUUCACAUCCCUUUAAUUAUGUCCUUUGUUGUUCUUGUAAUGUU